ACAUAUUUGCUUUAGUUCAACAUAAACUAAUCAGACUUCAAAACAGUCAUUGCAGCAACACAGACCUUUGCUUGAACUCCAAGUUACUUCUUCUUGUCUUUUAAUAAAGCAACCAAAACAAUAUUUAAACAAAAUGUUCAAACUGGUGGUGUUGUCUGUUCUUCUUGCCGUAGCUGCUGCUGCUCCUGGUUACUUGGGUCAUUCGUCUGUUUUGUUCUCGGCUCCAGCGGCUACUGUAGUGCAUGAGCCAGCUUUCGCGAAAGUAGGAGCGAUCGUUAAGAGUUAUCCUACCGCUGUUUCGCAUUCGAGCAUUUCUCAGGUGCAUAGUUCGGCUCAUGUUGUCACACCGAUUGUCGCUCCUAUCGUCAAAACUACCGCUGUCGUACAUUCGGCUCCUGUAUUGAAGACUUAUGUUGCCCCCGCACCUGUUUCAGCACCAUUACACUUUGCCGGUCCUGCCCUUUCGUACGGCCACGGUUGGGCUCCAUCUUGGUAAAUACCAUAAGCAUGACUAACUGCCAUUUCUUACGGUGUGUGAUUGUGACAAGUCAGAUGAUAUGAUUAAGCUGUAACCAGAUCAGAAUAGUUGGACGUUGAUUUAAUUCGAUUUCUUUUUCAUUGAUUUCUGUGUAAGUUUCUAUUUCUCUCUCAUUAAUUCAUCGAUUUUAAUUGUUGCUCUUUAAUAUCAUUACGAUUUCCGUAAUAUAUGUAAAUAUGAUAUGUAUUUAUUUCCGUGUUUUGCAUUAUGUUCGUUUAUGUGUUGACUGAAUAUUGAACGUAAUUCUUCGUUUUUUUUUUUUUUUUUUUUAA